GUACUGUCCAUCUUCCCAAAGCAUCUUCGCUUGCAACUCGGUCAACUCGGUGACACGAUAGCCUGAUAGGAGAGUUUCAGUUUCCAGUUAACAUCACUCCCCAGAGUCCACAGCACCCCAGACCCCGAGCGAGAGCGCUCGGCACGGCAAGUCGGCGGCGAUCAUGGCGGCGGCUGUUCUCAUCACCCUUCUCCUCCUCCUCCUUCUCCCGGCGCGCCACGCUCUCGCCACGGCGGCCGGCGACGCGCACCCGGGCUACGCGGGCGCGGAGGCCGACACCUGCGGGCCGGAGCUCGGAGACGGCGGCUCCGUGGGCCGGCGGAGUCACGGCCCGGCGCUGGAGGAGUACGGCGGGGGGCGCAUCGUGGACAUCACCCACGCGUACCGGCCCGACAUGCCGGCGUUCGCGCCGGGCGCGACCGUGGGCCCCGUGGUGCGGCUCAAGGAGUCCAUGGAGAACGGGUCCGAGUACAACCUGUCGGAGCUCCGGAUCGAGUGCCACAUGGGCACCCACGUCGACGCGCCGGGCCACAUGAACCAGGCCCACUUCGCCGCCGGCCUCGACAUCGACACGCUCGACCUCGACGUCCUCAACGGUCCUGCGUUACUGGUCGAUGUUCCGAGACACACAAAUAUAACAGCUGAAGCAAUGGAAUCCCUUAACAUACCGAAAGGUGUCCGUCGUGUUCUCUUCAGGACAUUGAACACAGACAGGGGGCUCAUGUGGAAGGCAUCAGGCGAUCUCAGUUAUGUUGGUUUUACAAAGGAUGGUGCACAAUGGUUAGUUGACAACACCGACAUCAAGCUUGUUGGGGUUGACUAUCUAUCGGUUGCAGCAUUUGAUCACUUAAUCUCUGCCCAUGUGGUCUUUUUCAAAAAUGCGGAUAUCAUCCUAGUCGAAGCUCUGAAACUAGACAAUGUCAAGACUGGUUUAUACAUGCUGCACUGCUUACCUCUAAGACUGGUUGGAUCUGAGGGUUCACCAAUCAGGUGCAUCCUUAUCAAGUGAUCACUUCGCUGCCGCUCUUGCCAGAGGCUGCAAUGCAUUGUGCCCACUGAUGUUACAUCCUGGCUAAUGUCUUGGUGCACAGUCCAUCCAUGUAACAAUAAAUUCCAUGUGUCAUGUAUUAUAUGUUUUUUUCCCUUGAAGAAUGACGGGGGCAGAAGACCUCCCCACAGGAUGUUAUAUAUUGCUCGAAAGGGAGUGGGCAGUCCAACAAAUAUUGUCACAAAUAGCGUCAUGUAAUAUACUAUGUUUGUACCGUCAAAUAUUUUCAAUCAACAAGAAUGUACCUUUACUACAGAUAAGUCACUUGUGCAAGACAAAUUUACCUGAGAA